CCGCACUCUCACUCUAUACGUCUCUCUUUCUCUCUAUCUAGUAAUCCCCGCCGUGCUUCAUCAAAACUGUAAAACUGCAAGGCACAGAAACAAUGGCGGAACUCGAAACGGCCGCCGCCGUUAACGGAGGCUCGACGCCGAACAUAGACGAGCAGCAAAACAAGCCUACAAACCCGCUCCUCGCUCUGCUCUCGGCCUUCCUUCAGCUUUUCAAACCGCCAUCGCCCAAGCCCGCUGCUCCAGAGGAGGCUCAGCCGCUCAAUCCGGAACCUCGAGUAGCCAAGGAAGAAGAGAAGCCGUCUGUGGUGAAGUUUCCUAGGCAGGAAUUGCCCUCUUUGAAGCUCGAAGCACAAGGACCUGAGGCCGAUACUAACCCCGUCGUCCUAUGGCAGGUUUAUGCCAUUGGUGGGUACUUCAUUUUGAGAUGGGCAUGGACUAGAUGGAAUGAACGCAGGGGAAAAAAGGCGCCAUCCAAUGAAGAAGAACCACCUCCACCCAAUGAUGAGUAGUCUUGUAGGUUGCCUUGCCCAUUUCUUCAUGGAACGGGUGAGACUUUAUGAUGUGCUAGGGUUGUUUGCCUAUACGGUAUAAAUACUUAAAUAUUCAAAGAGUGGAUCACAAAACAUCAUUUGUCUAGUUAUUAUUAUUGUUAUAUAUGUGUUAGAUUCUCGA